CAGCUGCCGCAGUUCCGCACGCAGUACGUGCGCCGGCGCUCUCAGCUGCUGCGGGAGCGGGCUCAGGGCGGGCACCUGGCGGGCGAUGCCCGGCGCUGGUACCUGCGGCUGCGGGCGCGGCUCCUGGCCCAACGGUACGGGGCAUUGUCUGAGCCUGGGAGCUGCCGCAGCGCCCUCCGAGCCAGCAGGACCACGCUCGACCGCAUGGAGGAUUUCGAGGAGGACCCGCGGGGGUCCCGGGGGCACCGGCGCUCCCUGAGCCGCAGCUNCGAUCCGCCCCUCCCCCGCAGCCCCCCCGGCGUGGUCCCCACCCCCCUGGCCGAGGCCAGCCGGGCCAUGGCCGGGGACACCACCCUGAGCGAGAACUACGCCUUCGCCGGGGUGUUCCACGUGUUCGACCAACACCUCGACAGCGCCGUGCGCAAGGUGCAGUUUGCCCACGACGAGCGGCACCUCCUGGCCUGCUGCUCCCUGGACGGGACUCUCUCCGUUUGCUGCUUGGCCCCCGGGCCCCCGGCCGUGCUGCGGCGCCUGCGGGGCCACGGCGCCGGCGUCUCCGACUUCGCCUGGUCCCUGUCCAACGACGUCCUGGUGUCGGCAUCGCUGGACGCCACCCUGCGCCUCUGGGACCCCUCGGACGGCCGCUGCAUCCGCAGAGUGGCUGAUCCUGACGGGGCGCCGCUGCUGUGCUGUGCAUUCCAGCCGCUGAAUAAUAACCUCACCGUGGUGGGCAGUGCCCGGCACAUGGUGCGAGUGGUGAACAUCUCCACGGGGAAGGCGGCUCGAGGGGGCACCGGGCGCCUCCCCGGGAGGGUCCUCGCCCUUUGCUUCGACGCCCCCGGACGCGUCCUGUGGGCAGGGGACGAUCGGGGCUCGGUGUCAUCGUUCCUGUGUGACCCGGGAACAGGCCGCCUGACCAAAGCCUCGCGGGUGCUGGUCCAGGCCGGAGGUGCCAUCACGUCGCUCUCGGCCCGGGCCUGGGCCAGCAGAGAGGCCCCGGACCCGUCCCUGCUGGUCAACGCCUGUCCUGACAGACUGCUGCUCUUCCGCAUUGUUGAGGACGAGGGCGGCGCGGGCGCUCCGGGGCUGCGGCUCCGGCGCAGUUUCCCCACGCGGCACCGGGAGCAGCCCCUGAGGAGCUGCCGCUGUCCCCCGGCAGUGACGGGCAGCGAGGACGCCUCGGUUCAUUUUUUCGACGUGGGCCGGGCGGCGCGAGCCACGGUGAACACCCUGCAGGGCCACGGGGCGSCCGUGCUGGCCGUGGCCUUCAACUGCGACGAGUCCCUGCUGGCCUCGGGGGACGCCGGCGGCACCGUCAUCGUCUGGAGGCGCCAGCACGCCUGAGACGGGCCCAAAAAACGGGGGAAUGGCCCCGGAAAAUAGUGAAAUUCCCGUGGAAAAUAGUGAAAUUCCCGCGAAAAUACGAAAUUCCCACGAAAAUAUGAAACUCCCGCGAGAAAAUGUGAAAUCCCUGCGGAAAUAUCCCUGAAAAUGCCCCUGAAAAAAUAGCGAAAUCCCCGCGAGAAAAUGUGAAAUCCCUGCGGAGAUAUCUCUGAAAAUCUCCCCGAAAAGUAGUGAAAUCCCCGUGAGAAAAUAGCGAAAUUCCCGUGAGAAAAUGUGAAAUCCCCGCGAGAAAAUACGGAAUCCCCGCGAGAAAAUGUGAAAUCCCUGCGGAGAUAUCUCUGAAAAUCCCCCUGAGAAAAAU